AUUACUGUAAGGUAAAAUUGCUAUCGCAGCUUAUAUAUUCCAGCUAACAGCUAUAAUCCUAAAUAUUUACUUAUCGUAAAUCAAUCGAUAAUAUAUUGAAAAAGACUGCAAGGGUUGAAAGAACAUUAUUAAUAUUUCCUAAAAACUUCUAAAAAUAAACACUUUCGUUAUACAUGUAUCGUUUCUUAUAUUUAUAACUGAAAUUACGUUAUCCUAAUACGGAAUUAUGUUGUCACCUUCGUCGAGUACAAACGAUGACAAGGAUGUCUUUACUUAUCAAAUAGAAGUUUUAUUUCCAAAUAUCACAGAAGACAAAAUAAAAACCGUUGAAUUUUUGGAUGCAGCUCGAGGUCUUGUGCGAAUGAUUGAAAAACUUGGCAAAGUGUUUGCUUCGGUUAAAUAUGAUAUCCAGGGCAACAUUGAUAAACUCACGUCCCGCCAUGCAAAGGAUAAAGAAAAAAACGCGAUUCUACAAGAUAUGAUUCUAAUUGAAAAAAAUACUGAAACUAAAUUAAUCGCUACGGAUGCUCUAACGUGGUUGAUCAGAGCUUUGCAUAUGAUUCUGUUAUUUUUCGAACAAAUUGUCGAGGAUUCUAAAACGGCAACACCAACAGAGGAUCUAGUAGCAUUUUUAAAAAAGGCUUAUAAAGAAGCUCUACAACCAUAUCACGGUUGGAUGGCGCAACAACUUUUUGACCUUCUUUCGCUCAUGGUUCCUACACGUUCGCAACUUUUACAAACAUUUACUAAUGAACAAACAAUCGAGAUUAGCAUCCUUAUAAAGAGCAUGGAAAUUUAUUUAAUACGUUUACGAGAAAACGUAUUAGCGAUACAGUUAUUUUAUAAAACUAAUAACCUCUGAGAUAAGACAUUUUAUUAGUCUGAGAAUUGUGUUCAUUAGGUAUUGUGUUAAUUGAGAAUAUUUGCUAAAGGAAAGAUCUGCAAUAGUAUUUUAAUAUAAUGUACUAGUAUACUGUACAUUAAUUACACUUAGCGAGUAUUUGCUCAAAAAUCUAUAUAUAAUUAAAAAAUGAGACUAGCUAUAAAAGUAUUUUAAAACAGUUUAACAUCCAUCCUAUGUACAUGUAUUGUAUAAAUGCAUUAAAUAAAACACUUUAGCACGA